AUGAUGGAUAAGACAUUAGUUAAAAAAGAAAUUGUCGUAGUAACUGAACAGGAGGUUGCAAAAAAUACAAAAGCAGCUAAAGAGCCACCUAAGGGUAAAUGGCGGCAGUGGAAAGUUUCAAUAUAUGCGACCGAUGACACCGGGGAAAAGUGUCCUCUGACUUUCGUCGAAAAAGUAGAAUAUAAUUUGCAUCAAACAUUUUCUAAACCGCGACAAGUUUUUCAUAAGGCACCAUUUAUGCUCACUGAACAUGGCUGGGGUGAGUUUGAUAUGAAAAUUGAAUUUCUUAAUCCUGGUCCGUCUUUUCGUAAAUUGCUGUUUCAAGAGAUACCUCUUGAUUCACCGGCCUCUCAAAAAACCACACCUAGCAGACAAAAAAAAUCCAAAUCUUCAAAAUCCGUGUCCAAAUGGCAGAAAACAGAUUCACCGGUCACUUCAUAUGAAUCACCUCAAUCUUCACGUUCUUCGUGUUCAAUAGGCGAAUCUACAAAUGACAAGGAAAACUUCCAAGUGGAUUAUAACAAGUUAGCCAAAAAUCUUUAUGAUUUGGAGGGGGACGAUAUUCUGGAGGUGAUACAUCUUGUAAAAGAGCAUCGAACAGGUGAAAUGUAUAUUAACGAAGAUAUUGAAG